AUGCCACUGCGAUGGCCACGAGGUUGGCUGGGCUUCCCUCCCAGUAAUCAGUCAACCCUUAUCUUCAGAUCAAGAUGGUUCCUAUUACUUCUUCUGGCAAUAUGGCUUCCUCUAAGCAAUGCAAUGACACCUGCGCGCAUUGCAGAGUUACGAAAAGAGACGGUCGAAAUGUUUUACCAUGGAUUUGACAAUUACAUGGAACUCGCAUUCCCGGAAGAUGAGCUAAGACCUGUCUCCUGUACACCACUCACUCGAGACGCCCAAAACCCUCGACAUCUCGAAUUAAACGAUGUACUCGGAAAUUAUUCUCUCACUUUAAUUGACAGUCUAUCGACUCUUGCAAUUUUGGCAUCUGCCCCUCCAGAUGAAGAAGAAACCGGCGCAACAGCUCUUCAAGAAUUCCAAAAUGGUGUCGCUUCUCUAGUAUUACAAUAUGGUGAUGGCACAAGCGGAGCAUCCGGAAAAGGGCUACGUGCUCGAGGUUUUGACUUGGACAGUAAAGUCCAGAUUUUUGAGACAGUAAUCAGAGGUGUCGGUGGGCUACUCAGCGCUCAUGAAUUUGCCGCUGGAAUUCUACCAAUUAAUGGAUACAAACCACAAUCUGGCAAGAUCUCGGGAAAGACUUCGAAAACAUAUCAACCUGCGAUUUUGUGGCCGAAUGGGUUUAAAUAUGACGGACAACUUCUGCGCCUAGCUCUAGAUUUGGCUGAACGUCUACUACCCGCUUUCUAUACCGCGACCGGUAUGCCGUAUCCAAGGGUCAAUUUACGGCACGGUAUCCCAUUUUAUGUGAAUUCCCCUCUACAUGAGGGAUCUGGGCUUGGCGACUAUGUGCAAGACACUCCUGAAAUUACCGAAACAUGUAGCGCAGGAGCGGGCAGCUUGGUUUUGGAGUUUACUACUUUGAGUCGUCUUACCGGAGAUCCAAGAUUUGAGCAAUUGGCGAAGCGAGCUUUCUGGGCGGUUUGGAAUAGGCGGAGUAAUAUUGGACUCAUUGGAGCAGGAAUUGAUGCAGAGAAUGGCCAGUGGAUUGGCUCAUACGCCGGCAUAGGUGCGGGAACAGACAGCUUUUUCGAAUACGCAUUUAAAACCCACAUUUUACUUUCCGGACAGAGCACUCCCAACAUAACGACGCAUAGGCAACAACAGCAUGAAUCAUGGUUAGAUCCCAAUACAAUAUACAACGAAUUGAGUGUUGAGGAGAAUUCUCCAGAAGCUUUUCUUGCAGUAUGGCACGAAGCUCAUGCAGCAAUCAGGAGGCAUCUAUAUAGUCCUACACACCAUCCGCAUUACGUCAAUGUUCAUCUUGUGACCGGCUCUCCGCAGGCUUUCUGGAUCGAUAGUCUUGGAGCUUAUUAUCCCGGUUUAUUGACUCUGGCGGGAGAGGUUGAGGAAGCUAUUGAAACUAGUCUAUUGUACACCGCUUUAUGGACGAGAUAUGCAGCUCUUCCUGAAAGAUGGUCAGUACGCGAUGGGCAUGUAGAAGGAGGACUUGGUUGGUGGCCUGGUCGCCCCGAGUUCAUUGAAUCGAAUUACCAUCUUUACAGAGCGACAAAAGAUCCUUGGUAUCUUCAUGUCGGAGAAAUGGUUCUGGAAGAUAUUAAACGCAGAUGUUGGGCAACAUGUGGUUGGUCAGGUCUACAAGAUGUGCGCACUGGAGAAAAGAGCGAUCGUAUGGAAAGUUUCUUUCUUGGAGAAACAGCCAAAUAUCUCUAUCUACUUUUUGAUCCAGAUCAUCCAAUGAAUGAUCUCGAUGCCGCUUAUGUCUUUACGACUGAGGGACACCCUCUCGUGCUUCCUCGAGAAAAGUCGAAGCCUCCCGUUACACCUCGUACGCCGGUAACAACUAAGGCAGUUCAGCCAGCGUAUAGGGCAUCUCUUCGGGAUACUUGUCCUGUGCCCCCUCCACCAGUACCUUUUACUGUCUCCAGUACAGCUGCCAGAACGGACGUAUUUCAUGCUUCUAGUUUGAUAGGUUUACACAUGAUACCAAAUCAUCGUGCUACGAUGGACGGUGAAAAUAUCAAGGUCAACAAUCAUACAUACUUCCCGUGGACUUUACCAAUCUCAAUGAUUCCAAGUAAUGGUACUUGCGAUCGUCUUCCGAUAACCACAACUUUCACAAUUGAGUUUCCAAACAAUAAUCCUUUAAGCACUCAAAACGCCAAAAAUGGUUUCAACAUUAUCUUUAAUAUCCCAACAAGUCUCGACCGUACAAGUGAUGGUAGUAUAUUGGUCAAAAGCUUGUCUGGUUUAAAGAUGGGCAUGAUACAUGAAAGUCAAUCACAUUCGUCUGGAAUCAAUCAACAACUCUCCGGAUCAUGGAGAGUGGGUAGCAUUGCCAAUAUACCGUUGGGACGAGAUGAGCAAAUAUUGAUACCCCGAGAUGUGAUUGGAGAUCUUACAGAUCCUUCAUUCUCGCGUAUAAAAAAUCCAGUUAUGCUUGACAUAGUCAUACAACUUGAACACGUUCAUGAUCAAAAUCAAAAUAUGUCGGAAAGUGUCGAGGAAUUGUUUGAAGAGGAACCAAUAUACGAAGAUACCCCGGCUUUAGCAUUGGAAGAAUCGAUUAGUAGCGCAGGAUUAGCAGAAUAUAGAACUUUGCUAAGUUCUCUCCUUCAGCAAGUGACAUCUGCCCUUCGCGAUCCGGCUGCUACUCUACUUCCACAACCCCAGAUUGCUCCGACGUAUACCUACGCAACUCUCCCAGCUGUUUUACCAACUGGUAAAGGUGCACAUCUCUUGAUUAAUGCACCGGAGGCUCCCGAUCCUAUGACCGCCAAGACUUCAUCUGCCACUCUUUCCUUCGGAAGUAUUUUCUUCGCGGGUGAAGCUUGUAAUGGAAAACUCCCCGAUGAAGCAGUCAAACAGCAUCAUGUUAUAGUCAUGAAACGUGGCGGCUGUACUUUCUCCGAGAAGCUGGCCAACAUUCCCAGCUAUACGCCCACAUCUAAAGGUCUUAAAUUGGUCAUUAUGGUUUCAGACGACAAGGACGAUGUAGAUUCAAACGAGGAGGGUAUGGGGGAUGAAGGGACCUCGCGGGGAGGAGAGCAAAACCUCAUCAGACCAUUGUUAGACAAACCACAACUAACCCCAGGUGGCCUUUUGAGACAUCAUCAAAUUAGUAUGGUAAUGGUCGGAGGAGGUGAUGAAGCUAUUCAGGCUUUAAAACGGGCUAAAAGUGUCGGCAUCCGUCGAAGAUACCAUGUGGAAAGUCAAGGACUAACGGUUAGCAAUAUUUUUGUGGUUUGA